UGCAACCACCGCUAAUCCACUGAAGAUCAUCAGGCAAAUCGCACUCUGUCAUCGGAGUUUGAUUGAUGCGCCGCAGCAGGCCAGCAGUGAGACGUAGCAAAUGAAAGUGACGAUUGCUGGUGUACCGUUGUGCAAAAUUAACGAAAACUUUGCCGAGUGCAGUGUUUAUUAAUGGACUAUUGUGCUGGAUCGUUGGGAAUGUCGAAAUUACUCGUUAAAUGAGAAGUUACGUGCGUACGGACCAAUUUCGAUGCAUUAAUGUAAUGAGCAUCGGCGCUAAUAUCAUACUUUUCAAUUAAAAUGGCACGCUUUCAUUAAACUGACAAUACUACACAGAUUAAACAGACUCGCCAGCUGUAAUUAUCACGUCGCGUGUAAUUUUAUUAAUUCGUCAUGUCUUCGCACAUCUACGACAACUUGCCGUUGAAGCCCUUGGCCCGGAACACCGAAAAACCCGAACAGUCGUCGGAACGUCAGAAGCUGAACACGCUCGAUUCCAAGCAGAAGAAACGCAAAAGCACGCCCGAAAUACAAAAGAUCACCCAGCAUUUCCUCAACAAGAAACCGAAGUCGUCCAGGAGCUUUUCGGAGAUGUUCUUCAAAAAUCACAACGAGAUCAACGAAAAUGUGGAGGACAAGUUCGGCAGCAGCGAGACCAUAAAAGCAUCGGCCAAUGGUAAGAAGAUGGACGAAGAGAGUUUGAAGUCCGGUAAGAGCAGCGAAGAUUUGAAGAAGCUCACCAACGUCCAGUCCACGCCGACAUCCACUUUCGACGAUGGGUAUGAGUCUUCGAACAGCACACCGCUUGUUUCCGGUCGAGGGAAAGCCAGAUAUUCCAACCCAUCGAAUUUAGUUUUAACAUGUACGUUAAAAAAAAAAGAUCUUCAUGUUCAGUUGGAGGAAGACGAACAGGAAUCGUUCGUGUUGUCCACCAGCUCAAGCCAGCCGGGCGAAAUCAUCCCCGACGACUUUCCGGAGACGACCUACGACCACAGGGAGACAUGGAGCUCGAACACGGACUUUUUAUUAUCAAUCAUCGGAUUUGCGGUCGACUUAGCUAAUGUGUGGCGGUUUCCUUAUCUCUGUUACCGGAACGGCGGAGGUGCCUUCUUAAUACCUUACACUUUAAUGCUGGUUUUCGGGGCCGUACCAUUGUUCUAUAUGGAACUUAUCCUUGGCCAGUUCAACAGACAAGGACCGAUCAGUAUAUGGAGAAUUUGUCCAUUGUUCAAAGGUGUUGGCUACUGUGCAGUGUUGGUCGCUUUCUACGUGUCCUUCUACUACAACGUAAUCCUCGCAUGGGCAUUGUAUUUCUUGGGUUCGAGCAUAUCGUCCGAAUUACCGUGGAUGCACUGCAACAACACGUGGAACACGGACAAAUGUUGGGAAAGCAUGUUGUCGGGUCAUAACGAAACUAAAAAAUUAUUGCCAAUUCUCAACGAAACCACGAAACAUAGCAGACACACCCCAGCUUCAGAGUUUUUUCAUCGAGCAGUCUUAGAGAUGCAGUGGAGUGACGGGCUUCACGAAAUGGGAUACCCAAAGUGGCAACUAGUUGUAUGCUUAUUACUCAUUUAUGGAAUGCUGUACAUAUCUCUCUUCAAGGGCGUCAAAUCCUCCGGAAAAGUGGUGUGGGUGACGGCGACAAUGCCUUACAUUGUCUUAACGAUACUCUUGAUACGUGGACUGAUGCUGCCUGGGGCGAUAUCAGGCAUAUCUUAUUAUUUACAUCCUGAGCUUUCAAAACUUCGGGAAACACAGGUUUGGGUGGAUGCUGCAGUUCAGAUAUUUUAUUCAGUGGGAGCAGGUUUCGGCGUGCAUUUGUCAUACGCCAGUUAUAACACCUUUCAUAAUAAUUGCUACAGGGACUGUAUCAUAACAACAAUCGUAAACUGUUUCACGAGCUUUUUCUCUGGAUUUGUAAUAUUCACCUAUUUGGGCUACAUGUCGUACAAACAAGGUGUUCACAUCAGUUCCGUUGCAACUGAGGGACCUGGAUUAGUUUUUCAGGUUUAUCCUGAGGCAGUUGCAACCUUACCCGGUUCACAUGUGUGGUCCGUUUUGUUCUUUUUCAUGCUAAUCAUGCUCGGACUGGAUUCAGCCAUGGGGGGUUUGGAAUGUGUAAUCACCGGUUUAAUGGAUGAAUUCCUGUCGUUCUUUAAGGAAAAGAAAUUUGCAAGGGAAAUUUUCACCCUUGGGAUUAUUAUCGCGUCCUUUUCCGUGGCUCUUGUCAAUGUAACACCGGGAGGAAUUUAUAUGUUCCACUUGUUCGACACAUAUUCCGCCGGCAUAUCCUUGUUGUGCUCUGCUCUGUUUGAAGCAAUUGCGGUUUCAUGGUUUUACGGUUUGGAUCGUUUCACUCAAGAUGUCGAAGCCAUGUUGGGAUGGAAACCAGGAAUUUACUGGAGAGUCUGCUGGAAAUUCAUUAGUCCCAUGUUCAUUAUAUGCGUCGUGAUGUUUGGAUUGCUGUAUCACCAGCCUCUUCAGUACAAUGACUACUCCUAUCCAGAUUGGGCCGAAUGGGUUGGAUGGUCCCUUGCUUUGUCUUCCAUUAUGAUGAUUCCAUUUGUCGCCAUUUUCCAGAUAAUGAAGACUAAGGGAACGCUUAAAGAGAGGUUUGCCAUCAGUAUUUCACCAGUUGAAGAACAUGACGAGAUCAGAGCCAAUAAACUAACAAGUAGAUUUAAGGCAAAGCAUUGGUUAUUUGUGUAAGUUCCUACCACUGAUAGUAUUAUUUAUGUACCAUAUUUAUGUAUAUUUAUUGUAACAUUUUUAUGUUUUGGAUUGUCUUUACGCUGGCAGUAAAAGACUGGUUUUGUAUAUGUAUGUGUCUGAAAGUUAGAAGUGUAUUAUUUAUACAUACGGUAAGCAAGUAGGUAAUAAGUAUUUAUUGAUUGAUUUCUUAUUUUAAUUCAUUACAGUAUUAAAGUAUAUUAGUUGAAUCCUUAAGACUAUUGUUUAUACUAGUAUUAGUGUCGUAAAACUAACAUAGGGAUACUGUAAUUUUCGAUGUACUUUUCUAGCUGAAACAAAUAUCAGUGUUAUGUUUUGCUUGUUUGGUACAUAAUAACAUAAUAUUCAAAAUUAAUUAACUACUUAUUCUUAUGACAUAUCAGUUGUUUACUGUAAUGUUUAUGUACUAGUUAAUAGAUGGUGCCAAAUUUUACAAAAUUGGCCAAAUUCCAAUGCAGUGUGGCAAUCAUAUCUACCCUUUAGAUAAUAUAGCUUCUGUGUAUAAAUGUGGUAAACUAAUGUUAGGGCAAUAAGUUUUUAUGAACAAAGCGUAUUUUAACAAGAUAUUAUUGUUACAUGUUAUAUUCUUGAUAUUAUAAAGACUUCUAAUUAUUUUUUGAAAAUAUUUAUAUUACAUGUAUCUAUAAUUUCAAUUUAUCAUUUCUGAAGUUUGCACUAGUCAUUAGUCCUAGAUGAACGACCAGACAUAAACUGUAAGUUAAGAAUGUAUAUAUCAAUUAUUUUAUUAAAUUACGAAUAUUUAGACACAUUGUUGAAAAUUCGUCCAAAAUAUUUAAGCUUCAAAAAUAAACAGCAACUGGAAACGAAAAUCAGCCCUUCGUUUCUAGAUAAACUAUUUUUUAAAUUUUUUUUCUGUAAGGUAUUAUAUAAGAUACAGGUCCUUUGGUUAAAUUGUUAGUUAAUUAAUCAUUUUCAAUGUUUCGGAUGCUAAAGGUCCACCAUAUACAUUUGUGUAAUAAAUCUUGUAAUAAAUGGGAUGCUGAGUCACAACAUCAGUACUUGUGUAAAUAUGUUGAAUACAAAUUAUUUAAGCAACAGCCUUCGUUGCUUAAGUAAUUUCGUAUCUAGCUGUAACUACUAUAACGUUUUCAAACAAACUAUGUAAUUUGUUAAAAAAAUGUACCAACUCAAAGAGGGCUUCUAAAAAUAAAAUACAAAAACCUUG